GCUGACCCGCCAACGCCCCAACUGGCUGUUGGGACUCCCUUGCCCUAGACGUAGGAACUCGGUUGCAGUCUGACAUCGCUCCGUACCUCUCUCUGAUUUGCGCGAUCCGGCUUCCCACCAUGGCUGCCUCCAUCGCGCAGCUCUCCCACUCCCUGGCCUCCGUGUCACUCGGCUCGGCCACAUCCUGCUCUUUCGCAGGGUUGAGGGCGAACAAGCCCGCUGCUUCAGUCUCUCUCACUGCCUCCAGGACGUCGCCAGCAGUGGCUGCUCCCGCGCGCCUGGCCGUGAGAUGCGCGCGUGUGGCGGGAGUGGAAAUCCCCAACUCGAAGCGCGUGGAGACGUCGCUGACGUACAUCCACGGCGUGGGCAAGACGACGGCGCGGCAGGUGCUGCUGGACGUGGGGCUGGAGAACAAGCUCACGCGCGACCUGUCGGAGGAGGAGCUCACGCGCCUCAGAGAUGAAGUCUCCAAGUACAUGACCGAGGGCGACCUGAGGCGGUUCAACCUGAUGGCGGUGAAGCGGCUGAAGGACAUCAUGUGCUACCGCGGCAGGAGGCACAUCGCCAACCUGCCAUGCCGCGGCCAGCACACCAAGUGCAACGCGCGCACACGCCGCGGGAAGAAGGUCACUGUUGCUGGCAAGAAGAAGUAAGGGGGCCGCUAGGAACGCAGAUUGAUUAGAGUUGACGAUGCCUCGGGGAACCCUAGUGUUGUGACUGUAAACAGAUGGGGGGUUUGAACGGGGGAGGAAGCAGCCUCGGGCUUGACAUUGCCAAGGCUGCCAGGGCGGUGAUACCAGGAGCUGCUGACAUUGUUAUGUUCACUUGACAUAUUGGAUGCAGCGAAACAAGAAGGAUGCCGAUCUAAAUGAAAGAUGCACAGUGAUUCGUGCAGGUUUAUGUAUAUUGGGUCUUUGAUCUGGAAGAUCCAAUG